AAGCAACGAGAGGGGGAAAUGAGAUUGUUGUUGCUGUCAGCUGGAGAGGGGAAUUUUGCGAUCGAGAUUUCGAAAGUUUUUGAUCCGAUUGAAACUUUUGCAAAUUGAAGCGUCACCGACUACACAACUGCAUCAGGAGACGCUUGUAAAAAUUGUGAAGACAAUGGCCAGUGAAACUGAAAAGACGGAGGAGGAAAUGUCCAGAAACACCAACACCAAUUCAAACGUUCACCAAGAUGAGCUCAUCAUUCAGCAGCAGCGACAGAUUGAAAAAGAGAUCUCAGAUUCAACACCCUGUGUUGGUCCAAAAGAAGACCUGACCACCCUGGAGACCGAGUAUUUGGAAGACAAAGUGUAUCUGCAAAAGACUUCUGAUUUAAAGAAAAAAUACAAGUCUGUUCGAAGAACUCGACCAGACGGAAACUGCUUCUUCAGGGCUUUCAGCUACGCUUACAUGGAACAACUGCUCAAUGAUCCCACUGAAUACAAAAGAUUUCAUGAAAUAGCUGCCAAAAGUAAGGACGACCUGGUAACUCUUGGGUUUCCGAAAUUCACAGUUGAGGACUUUCAUGAUACAUUCAUGGAUGUGCUGAGUUCCGCUGGACCUCCAGAACAAGAAACCUCAAUGGAGGAUCGUGUAUCAAAACUGCACAAGUUGUUCAACGACCAAGGAUUCUCAGACUACGUUGUUGUUUACUUGAGACUCAUUACUUCUGGGCAGCUGCAGAAGGAGGCUGAGUUUUACCAGAACUUCAUUGAGGGAGAGCGUGGUGUCAAAGAUUUCUGCCACCAAGAAGUCGAGCCUAUGUUCAAGGAGAGUGACCACAUCCACAUCAUUGCCCUGUCGUCAGCUCUGAACGUGGGAGUGCGAGUUGAGUACAUGGAUCGAGGCGAAGGAUCCGAGGUGAUGGCUCACGAAUUCCCUGAAGGGUGUCAGCCAAGAGUGCACUUGCUGUACCGUCCUGGUCACUAUGACAUUCUGUAUCCAUGAGAUGUUUCCCUAGUCUAGACUCCACUGAAAAAAAUGCCUUCUCUAAUAUAAUUUUGUAAAAAUAAAAAUAACCAACCUCUCCCUUUUAAUGUAGGAUUAAUAAAUUUGCUACCUACAACAAUCAAAA